UCCUCCUAUUCUUCCUCCGCUCUCCUCCUCUUCCUCAUCUCUCUCUCUCCUCCUCCUCCUCCUCCUCAGUGGGCGGGUCUGUUUUCUGUCUGGAUGUGGAUCAGAUGAUUGUCUGCUGCGGACUGAUCUGCUCGUCAUGGAGAUCAAUGAAGUCGUCUGUCAGCAGGAUCGGCUGCAGCUCAUCGCGGAGAGGAGGAAAUGGCAGACAGAGGUGGAGAACAAGAAGCGUCAGCUGGAGGACGACCGGAGAGCUCUGCAGCACCUGAAGUCGAAGGCUCUGAGGGAGCGCUGGCUGCUGGAUGGAGCGCCUCCUGCUGGACCAGAACAUGAAGAAGUCAAGAGACAACUGGAGCAUGACGAGGCCAAGACCAGGAGCCUGGAGGAGACCAUUAACAGGUUGGAGCAGGAACUGGUCAGUUUGGAGACUGGAGUUGUGUGUGAGACCGUAACACACACUAGUGUGAGUUCAGGUAAACCAGCUGUGGAGGUCAAAGGUCACAGCAUCCAUCAGCAGGACCGAGCAGCACCACCUGUUCAGGUGACUCAAGACCUUGCAGAGGUCAAAGUUCACAAAAGUCCUCGAAUGAACAAAGCGAGAAACUCGACGGAGGAGAUGAAGAGAGCCAUGUACUCACUGGAGAUCACGGUGGAACGCGACAAGCUAACGGGGGAAACGAGGGUUCUGUCCAGUCAGACUCGACUUCCCAUCGAUUUGUCUCUUCAGGGCGUCAAAGUUUACGAAGACGAGCAGAAAGUGGUCCACGAGAUGAAUGGCGAAGACGUCCACCUGCUCAGCUCCUCAGAGGUUGAAGAGCUCAUCCACAAAGCUGACGAGGCGUCCAUGAUGUCACCGACUGUCACCACGGCAACCUCCCUGCCAACAGCUGAGGUCCAGCAGCAGCCGAGCCCCGAACUGCAACCGCUGUCACAACCUCGUGUAACGGCCGAGAUCACCGGGCUGGAGGCCAAACCGGGAGGCGAGCCGAGCGUGGCCGAGGCCAGCGCCGAGAACCCGGUAACCAUGGUGUUCAUGGGCUACCAGAGCGUGGAGGACGAGGACGAGACCAAGAAGGUUCUGGGGCUCCAGGGAACCGUUAAGGCGGAGCUGGUGCUCAUUGACGACGCCAACGGCAAGACGUCACCGGGACGGGAGGAAGAAGAGGCGGGCGUGACUCCUCCUAUCGCCCAAACUCCUCCCACUACCAAAGCUCCGCCCACCACCAAAGCCCCUCCCGCUGCUCCGCCCACCUCUCUUAAACCUCCGGAGGCGACAGCGAGCAACGGGGAGACGGCGGCGGAGACGGGGGGAGGAGCAGCGGCCGUGAAGAAGGAGAAGCAGCCGUGUAAGUGCUGCAGCAUCAUGUGACCUGACAGCGGCGCCGCUAGCUAAGCUAACACAGUAACAAUAAACUCCAGGACUAAACCCCGCCCACCCCACCUCUAACCACAUGACAUCACUUCCUGUCUCCUCAUGCUCAUCAGUUUUAUAAAACUUUUACUUUUUCUAUUUUCUUGAAGUCCGUUUACUUUUUUACUCCUCCUGUUUCCAGCUGCGCGACUCAACAACAUUACCAUCAAUAUUAGCUUUAGCAUCAGCAUUUACAUUAGCACUAGCAUUAGCAUCAGUAUUAGCAUUAGCAUCAGUAUUAGCAUCAGCUCUGCGGUCGUGACGCUGUAACCUCUCUGUCUGUCUUUGUUUCUCAGUUGUAUUUAUUUGUUCGUCUUCUGCUGCCGUUUCUGUCGCAGGUCUUUCUGCCAGUUUGGUUUUUAUAAAACAGAAAAUAAAGUGACCUUCCAGACGGGUUGACUCAGUGCUCAGCGUGAGAAAACGAUGUGUUUGAACCUUCAUCCCAUCAUCACCGCAGCUUCACAGGUUUCAUCCAAAAUCAUUUUCACUCCAUCUGAACCGUCGGGACGUAAACAUCACUGAGACGACUGACAGGAGAACGUAUUCAGUCCGAUCAGCUGUCCAGGUGUUUACAGCUGCACCAGAGGUUCUGGUUCUUGUUCUGGAAGACGCUGCAGUGACGUAUGACCACCGUUACUACAGACGUCUUUCCACUGCAGGAAACUGUUCGGUUGUCUUUUUUUGUACGUUCUCCAUCUGCUGGUGAUCAGGUUCUUCUUUAGAGCUGACCGGCAUAACGUGACCGGGUCAGAACCAGAAGAAGCUGAGUUCUCUGUAAAGAAAUUGUUGGUCUGAAAUGGUUAGACGGUUCUUCACCUACUUCAUGUGGUUCUUUAAAGGUUCUUUUUGUUUAUUGAAGUUCUUUGGUUCUAACAGAUAACAACAUGAAAUCAGAUUAUUAUAUUCUGGAUGAAUCACUUUCUCGAUAAAACAUCAGAAAUGUGUAUCACAGUUUCACAAAUCACAGACUGACAUCUUAGAACACGUUAUUCUGUCUGACAAAGAACCCAAAAAAUGUAAAAUUUGUUCUAAGAGAAGGCAAAUGUUUAAAUUUGACUAUUCGUCUUAAAAAUUACUUCAACAAUGCUCAUGUUCUGUUAUCACAGUAGAACCAGGUCUGGAAAAUGGUUUCUUAAGGAACCCAUUUUUGCUGAAGUUUUUCAGGGAUGAUGUCAAAGAUCUUUAAAGAACAGUUUGAAGACGUUCUUGCUAAAACAUUCUUUGUGGAACUAGAAAUAAUCCUUAUUUAGCACCACUUUAUCUCCUCAAAAAGGUUCUGUAGGAAGGUUUUCACGAGGUCAGAAUAAAGGUUCCCAUCGCCCUAGAAGUUCCUGCAGUGAAGAACCUGAAUGGUACCAUCAUCAUCAUCAUCAUCGUCAUCAUCAUCUUCAUCCUCUUCAUCGUCUUCAUCCUCUUCAUCCUCUUCAUCAUCUUCAUCCUCUUCAUCCUCUUCAUCGUCUUCAUCAUCUUCAUCCUCUUCAUCGUCUUCAACAUCAUCAUCGUCAUCAUCCUCUUCAUCGUCUUCAUCCUCUUCAUCGUCUUCAUCAUCUUCAUCCUCUUCCCUCCAUCAGCUGCUUCCAGUUCUGAUAACAAAAAGGCUCCAACUUCAGAACCUGGAACAGAAGAUUUGUAAAAACGUGUUGGCAUCAGAAACUUUAUUUGAAUUUGUAAUUUAUUUAUUUGAACUUUUUUAGAAAUAUGCCCCAAAAAAGUCAGACUUUCUAAUCUCAUCGUUUUGACGUUCAUUUUUUACAUUUUACCUGAAUUAUUUUUUUUAAACCUGAUGCAACUUUUUAAAUCAUGUGACCUUUUUCCCAAAGUUUUCUUUUGCUGACACAAUUGAGCAUCGAUAUGUGGAAUAAGUACCUCAUGAAACGUUAGUCAAAGCAUUUAUGAAGAGUGUCUUACUGAGGAUGGACCUGCAGUCAGAUAGCGGGUCUCAGAUGUAGAAGGAACAUGUUCUCGUCCACAUCGGAGCUCAUGUUUGCUCCGUUAAAGCAGAGUUUCUGCUCCUCCAGAUGGUUUGCUGUGUUUCUGCUGAUGAGAAGAAUUCAAACGAGUUCUGAAUUGGUAACGAAUCCUCACAUCGAUUACUAACCCUGAAGUAAACUAACCUUUAUAAAAGUCUGUAAAUGCCGACAGCAGGAAGUUUAACAAAGUGUGAACAGAAUUAUGAGUAAAUAAAAAUCAGUGAAUCCAAAUGAA